CCGUGACAAUUAAAAGACUGAGUUCGCAGAACGAUUUAGAUAAGAAAAACGGUGACAAGCGCCCAACAUUUAGUACAGCAAUAAAAAAUUCAAAUUCCUAUCGGUCAAUGUUUUGCAAAUGGAGAUUACGUACGUACAGAACGUCAGAACAAAUAGAAUACGCUUGCUGCGUGUCCUCAAAUCCAAACAAGGAACUAUACCGACAAAACAGUAUAAAAACUCCGAGACACUGCUUACUACUAGUCAGAAUUUAGUUUUAAUUGAUCGCGGCUUAAUCACAAUAUCAUCAUGUGGUUGUUUUUGUUUAGUACUUUGCUUUGUAGCUUAGUCUAUUUAAGUGAAACAAGAGAAGAAGGUAAGAUUAUUGGUGGUAAUCCAGUGCCCAUCAGCGAGGUGCCAUAUCAAAUUUCUUUCCGGUAUCACAAUCAACACUUUUGUGGUGGGUCCAUAUACAAUGACCAAUCGAUUGUUACAGCAGCACACUGUGUUGAAGGGUUUAGAAAUGUAAAUGGAUUGAGUAUAGUAGCAGGCCAAACAAAACUCUCAGAUACCAACGGUCAGAAGAUAGCAGUUACCAAAAUGACGCCCCACCCGGAGUAUGACGCAGAAACUGUGGAUUAUGAUGUGGCUGUUUUGCAUCUUGCUCAACCUUUGGUUUUCAAUGAAAAUGUCUCCGCAAUUGAAUUAUCAACCACACCAGUUCGUUCGCGCAGUAUGGCAUACGUAACAGGAUGGGGUACCACUAAACAAGGAGGCGGUGGUGAAGUUUCCGACCAUCUCUUAGGAGUUGAUGUGAGGGUGCAGUCAUGGUAUGCCUGCCAGUUGCAAUAUUUCUUAAAAUUAACAUCAAGAAUGUUUUGUGCCGGAAAUUUCUUUGGAGGACAAGAUUCUUGUCAGGGUGAUUCUGGUGGACCUGUCAAAUUUGAAAACAAGCUGGUUGGUAUAGUAUCCUUCGGCAGAGGAUGUGGAGACGUUGCCUCACCAGGUGUUUAUACUCAAGUAUCAAGUGUGAUUGAGUUUAUUAAAAAUGCCACCAAUACAUCUCCUUGAAUUUUAUGUAAUUUAUUUUUGUAGUUUUGUAUUUCUCUUUGUUUAACUAGAAAUAAAUCAUCUUUAUUGAA